UCCAGAGGGGUCCAAUCAGAGGCUGGAAACCAUCAUUUUAGUUGCCCAAUCGGAAGCUAGCGACAGCAAACAAAAUCGUUUGUAAAUCCCCAAGACCAGUAAAAAAUCCCGGUCCUAGUUAGCUAAGCGUGUCCAAUUCUCCAUAAUCCAAUGAAUGUACGGUGUAUGUUUCAUUGCCAGGACCAUGAUGGAUUGGUGGUGGCAUUGGAUCUGCUAAGGCUACAGCUAGUGUAUAAAUACCUGGGUUGAGGAUGAGGGAGGUACCAAGCAAGGGGGAACUGCCAUCAGCUGGUUCCUACCAAGGAUAACCACCACUGCAUCUUGUUAACCUCUGCAGCCUGAGUCAAUGGGCCGCCAUGCACUUGCGAAAUCGACAGCUCUCCUCCGGGGAGUUAAGAGCAAGCAGAGCACUAACCUCGUGAGGCGACUGGAGCCUGCAGAAGUGCGGUCAGCAGAAACAUCAUUGUGGGUGCCACACCCAAGGACAGGGAUAUACUACCCCAAGGGCUUUGAAUGGGUCAUGGAGGAUGUCCCCAGCGGCGCAGCUUCAUUCCAGCAGUCAUACUGGUUCAGGACUGGGGAGGCAGAGUCAGCUAGCUCUACCACAUCGAAGAAUGAUGCUGCUUCCCUUGACCAUCCAUUUGCUUAAAUGUAUGAGGCUUUGCACUGGAAGAAUAACUGAAAGACAGCUCCGUGUUCCAGAGAGAGAAAAAAACACAGUUGUGCAGCCAUCACCAUCAAGCCAGGUCCAUGGAUGCUAUGGAACACUACUUACCAGUUGUUAUGAUUCCAGUUUGCAGUAGCCACAUCCACCAACAGAUCACGAACAAUGUCUGCCUUUCUUUUAUCUUUUUCUGUCUCACAUUCUGUUGGUUCUACCUAAAUCAAACCUGCCCUUAACUGUACCUUUGGAACAUUCUGGAGUAGCAGUGCUUUUUUAAGCUUGUC